AUGAAUUCCAAGCACAGAAUCGGCCGCGUUGACGCAAGACGCGCAGCCGUCCAGACCGUUCUCCCCGUCCCCGUCCCCGUCCAUCACCUCGGCAUGUACCGCGAGCCAUCCACCCUCGACCCCGUCGAGUACUACAACAACCUGCCGCACCACGUCCCGCAGUCGUCGGCCGAGAACAGCACCGCCAGCAGCCUCGUCAUCCUGGUUGAUCCCGUCAUCGCUACGGGCGGUACGUGCGCCGCAGCCAUCCAGACGCUCAAGGAAUGGGGUGCAAAGAAGGUCCUUGUCAUGUCCAUCAUCGGCGCCGAGGACGGCGUCAAGAGGGCUGCUGAGGAGUGGCCCGAGGGCACAGAGCUGUGGAUUGCCGGCGUGGACGCCGAGUUGACGCCCGGCGGCAUGCUCAAGCCCGGCCUGGGCGAUAUCGGCGAUAGACUGUUUCUGACCAAUGCCAAGCACUCGUAG